GUCGAGCCAAAUUAUUCCUCUGUUUUUACUAAAGCCCAAUAAAAAAUGAAAAUCUAGGCUCACAAGUCAUUUAGCCUUGUCUUCCUAAAAUCAGCCCACGCCAAUCUCCUCCUCCCUUCUUGCUCUUCAAUUUCCAGUAUUUUCUUUUUGCUGAGACAUCACAGUUUUUAAGUGAUUUUUAUACAGGAAUACAGACAUGGCGGGAUUGCUGGCGUGGGCAGCAGAUGUAGUAGGAUCCCAUGGAAACAACCAUGAAUUAUCAGAAGAUAGAAUCCCAAUUGUGUUAACUGAAGAUCAACAAAAGUAUGUUCAAGAAUUAGAUUCAAAGGCUUCAUCUUUGAGCCGUUCGAUCCAGGGUCUACGGUUUAGAUUGCCUUCACCUGAUAUCUCUCAACGUCUACCUCACAUUCUUGCUCAUUCUCUUGCCUCCAAUGCUGCUCUUGCUCUUCAGUUGAAUGCUCAUUCUGCUACUAAAGAGCAGGCCCAAUUAAGAAAGGUGACCCUCCAGGAAGAAAAUGCUGCGUAUGAAAAGGCUAUAUUAAAUUGUGAAAAUAAACUACAGGAUCGAAUGCAGGAAACAGAUUUACUUCUUCAGAAGCUACAGGAAAUGGAUGAGACUGAGCAAACUUUGAUGGAGGAGCUGGAAAAUGCAGAAACUGCAUUGGAUGCCAGGCAAAGUGGAAAGUCUGUUGAAUCAUUUGUUGCAUCUGAAACAAUAGCCGAAGCUGGACCAGAUGCAGAAGCUGAGAAGUCUGCUAUAUUAGAGAAGUUGGAUAGCAAGAAAAAAGAAUUGAGUUCAAUGGAAGAAAUUGUUCAAGAUUUAGAGAAAAGGUGGGUGCAAGUUCAAGAGAAUGAACUGAAGCAGCCUACUCCAGCUCAGAGAGAGAAGUUAUUGAAUAAACAGCUUCAUAGCCUAAUGGAGCAACUAGCAGCAAAACAGGCACAAGCAGAAGGCCUGGUCAGUGAAAUUCAUUUGAAAGAGAUGGAGGUAGAAAGGUUGAAAGGAUUGUGGAGGAAGAUUGAGAGUAGCAAUGAAGAGGGUAAUACCGCCAGGAAUCGGUUUGGAAGAAGCACCUCAGAGAAGGGUUCUGCUUCUACAGACUAUAUGGUUGACAAGCUACCUUAUUCCACUGGUGGCCGAACUGAGCACCAACAGAGACUCAUGCUUCUGCGGUCAGCUUUUGUUAUGUACAUUUUAUUCUUGAACAUUGUGGUCUUAAUCAAACUUUCAUUUUGAGAAGCAUCAAGAGAAACUGUUGGUCGUCUUCAUAAAAUAACUUUUUUGGUGAACGUGAGAUAAUUUCGUUGUAUAUAUCAGAAUUCUGUAAAGAAACAAAUAAUAUAGUACUGUAGGUUGCAUGGACUAA